CUAAUAAGUGAGGCUUAACAAGCUGUUUAAACUGAUCUUUCAAUGUUUUAUUUUUAUUGUGUAUUUUUAAUUGUUUUUAUUUCCCAUUAGGAAUGAUAAUCUAGUCGAUUCAAUUAUCUAGUAUUUGAUUGUUUCUCCGUUUUAAAGAUUAAAUUGGAAAAACAUGGAUUCUAAAGUCGACUUGAUGGAUGCUGUGAAAGAUUCUCAGAAAAUCUGUACACUGUUAAGUGUCUUGUCAGAUUUACCAUGUUUUUAAUAAUAAUGACAGUGAUGAAGGUUCUGAUAUGAAACAAACGACAAAUGGUUAACACUAAUUGGUUUAAUUUGAUUUAAAAAGAUGACAAACAUUUGUAUUGACAAGGAAAAUAUGAGAUAUGAUGAUGAAAGUAAAAAUAUUGAAGAUGAUUGGUUACAAGUGUAAGACAAAUGUUGGCCCAAAAAUAGCAGACGAUUCGAGCAAAAUCAACAUAACUGUUUAAAGUAAGUCUAUAUUAAAGUUUACAAAUAGAAGAGGAAAAGAAAUGUUGUCACUUUUGUUUGACACUUAACACGAAUAAGUUUUAGUCCUGUUUGAGAAACACAUUUUUUUGUAUUGCGAAAAACAAAACUUUACUGAAUUAACUGAAAAUAACGGAACAAACAUGGUUCCUUGUGGUACACCAGUUUUACCUUAUUUGUAUCUCGGUGGUGGGUCAGAUGCUUCAGAUCCAGAGAAAUUGAAAUCUUUGAAUAUUUAUUAUGUGCUUAAUGUAACUACUGAUUUACCAGGAGAUGGUGAAAGUGAUUCAAUUCGUUAUAAAAGGAUACCUGCCAUAGACGCUUUUGAACAAAACUUGGUUCAAUAUUUUGAGGAGUCAUUUCAAUUUAUCGAGGAAGCACGUAAGGCCGGACGAGCAGUUUUAAUACAUUGUCACGCUGGUAUUUCCCGAUCACCCACAAUUGUUAUUGCCUACCUGAUGUAUAGUCAAAAGAUGUCUUUAGAUAAGGCAUUGUUAUUUGUCCAAAGCAAGAGAAGUAAAAUCAACCCCAAUUUCUCUUUCUUGGGUCAACUUUAUGAAUAUGGGAAUUUAAUCGACAAAUUGAAAACUACUCUGCCAACUUCUCUUCCUUCACCGACCUCAAAUUUAUCUUCAUCUACACCCACAAUUUCAUUAACGAAACAAAUUCCUGAAUUAACUACAUCGUCUUCAAACUCAAUGACCACAACUUCCAAAUGUUUAACCGCUUUUAAUAACUCACCAUUGAUUUCAACAACAUCAUCAACCUCAAUCUCAUCAUCAUCAUUAUCUUCUAAGACAACUACGACAAUUACUACAAGCAUAUCAGCACCAACUACUCCAACAUCACCAAAGCCAUUAACGCCAUCAAUGCCAACAACUCCCAUUGUAACUACGUUGCCAAUUCCAACAAUCCCAACUAGCCGAAGUUAUCUCAAGAUAAGUGACACUCUAAAAAAACCAUUCUUUUUAUUGCCACCUCCACGACCAUCUAAUUUAUCUCUCAAAGAAGGACUCACCAAAUCAGAUUUCCCAUCUUCAUGUGAAGCAUUAAGUGAUAUACCAUAUAACUCAUUGGGACCAGUUCGAGGUUGUCGUAGUCGUAAAUCAUGUAAUAAUGAUUUCAUUCUUUUACGACCUAUUAAAAUGACCAAAAAUACGAGGGUAAAGUGAAGCCCUUUAAAUUGUUCAACAAAACCCAAACUGAAACUUUGGUGAUUUUCCUUAAAUAAUUAAUUAUUUAAUAAAAUUUACAUUAUGAUUAAAA